CUUUUUUUAAAAGGCCAAAAUGACGGCUGCAGAGAAUGUGUGCUACACGUUAAUUAUAGUGCCAAUGGACUCGGAGCCACCAUCUGAAAUAAGCUUAAAGAAUGACUUGGAAAAAGGAGAUGUAAAAUUGAAGACAGAGGCCUUGAAAAAAGUGAUAAUAAUGAUCUUAAACGGUGAAAAGUUACCAGGACUUCUGAUGACUAUUAUUCGGUUUGUGCUGCCACUUCAAGACCACACCAUAAAGAAACUGCUUUUAGUAUUUUGGGAGAUUGUUCCCAAAACAACUCCAGAUGGUAGAUUGCUGCAAGAAAUGAUCCUUGUUUGUGACGCCUACAGAAAGGAUCUUCAACAUCCAAAUGAAUUUAUCAGAGGCUCCACUCUCCGUUUUCUUUGCAAACUUAAAGAACCGGAACUGCUAGAGCCAUUGAUGCCAGCUAUCCGGGCAUGUCUUGAACAUCGUCAUAGUUAUGUGCGCAGGAAUGCAGUCCUUGCAAUUUAUACUAUUUACAGAAACUUUGAACAUCUUAUACCUGAUGCCCCUGAGCUGAUCCAUGAUUUUCUGGUGAAUGAGAAAGAUGCAAGUUGCAAAAGAAAUGCCUUCAUGAUGCUAAUUCAUGCUGAUCAGGACCGAGCUUUAGAUUACCUGAGUACCUGCAUUGACCAAGUCCAGACAUUUGGUGAUAUUCUCCAGCUAGUUAUUGUGGAACUAAUCUAUAAGGUUUGUCAUGCUAAUCCAUCAGAAAGAGCUCGGUUUAUUCGCUGCAUCUACAACCUACUACAGUCAUCAAGCCCUGCAGUAAAAUAUGAAGCAGCAGGAACAUUAGUCACUCUUUCCAGUGCCCCAACCGCAGUCAAGGCAGCAGCUCAGUGCUAUAUUGACCUGAUUAUUAAAGAAAGUGACAACAAUGUGAAACUGAUUGUUCUGGAUCGCUUGAUUGAACUCAAGGAUCACCCUUCCCAUGAAAGAGUACUACAAGAUUUGGUUAUGGAUAUACUGAGAGUUUUGAGUACUCCUGAUCUGGAAGUUCGCAAAAAGACAUUACAGUUGGCGCUUGAUCUUGUAUCUUCCAGAAAUGUAGAAGAGUUGGUGAUUGUUUUGAAGAAAGAAGUCAUUAAAACAAAUAAUGUGACUGAGCACGAAGACACUGAUAAAUACAGACAGUUGCUUGUUCGGACUUUACAUUCUUGUAGUGUUCGGUUCCCAGACAUGGCUGCAAACGUCAUUCCUGUGUUGAUGGAGUUCUUAAGUGACUACAAUGAAGCGGCAGCUGCAGAUGUGUUGGAGUUUGUGCGUGAAGCCAUUCAGCGUUUUGAUAAUCUCAGGCUGCUAAUUGUAGAGAAAAUGUUGGAAGUCUUCCAUGCAAUUAAGUCUGUCAAAAUUUAUCGGGGAGCACUUUGGAUCCUUGGCGAAUACUGCAGCACACAGGAAGAUAUACAGAGCGUAAUGACAGAGGUCCGUCGAUCAUUGGGAGAGAUCCCGAUAGUAGAAUCUGAAAUCAAGAAAGAAGCUGGUGAGCUGAAACCUGAGGAGGAAAUCACCGUGGGUCCUGUCCAAAAGCUGGUAACUGAAAUGGGAACUUAUGCUACACAGAGUGCCCUUAGUAGCUCCAGACCUGCCAAAAAGGAAGAAGAGAGACCUCCGCUGAGAGGCUUUUUGUUGGAUGGUGAUUUCUUUGUUGCAGCUUCCCUUGCAACAACUCUGACCAAGAUUGCUUUACGUUAUGUGACUCUGGUUCAAGAAAAGAAGAAACAAAAUUCUUUUGUCGCUGAGGCGAUGCUGCUUAUGGCCAGUAUUCUCCAUUUGGGCAAGUCUUCUCUCCCCAAGAAGCCAAUCACAGAUGAUGAUGUGGAUCGGAUUUCUCUGUGCCUGAAGGUGCUCUCAGAAUGUUCCCCUCUUAUGAAUGAUAUUUUCAACAAGGAGUGUCGGCAAUCUCUCUCUCAUAUGUUGUCUGCUAAGUUGGAAGAGGAGAAGCUGUCUCAGAAGAAAGAGUCUGAGAAGAGGAACGUGACCAUUCAGCCAGAUGAUCCUAUUUCUUUUAUGCAGCUUACUGCUAAAAACGAAAUGAGCUCAAAGGAAGAUCAGUUUCAGCUCAGUCUUUUAGCAGCUAUGGGAAACACUCAGAGAAAAGAAGCUGCUGACCCACUGGCAUCCAAGCUCAACAAGGUAACUCAGUUGACAGGUUUUUCAGAUCCCGUCUAUGCCGAAGCAUAUGUCCACGUCAACCAGUAUGACAUUGUGUUGGAUGUGCUUGUGGUAAACCAGACCAGUGAUACUCUACAGAAUUGCACGCUAGAAUUGGCUACCUUGGGCGACUUGAAGCUUGUGGAAAAGCCAUCCCCUCUGACCCUUGCGCCCCACGAUUUUGCCAAUAUAAAAGCGAACGUGAAAGUAGCUUCCACUGAAAAUGGGAUUAUUUUUGGCAACAUCGUAUAUGACGUUUCUGGAGCAGCCAGUGAUAGAAACUGUGUGGUUCUUAGUGACAUACACAUUGACAUCAUGGAUUACAUCCAGCCUGCUACCUGUACUGAUGCUGAGUUCCGUCAGAUGUGGGCAGAAUUUGAAUGGGAAAACAAAGUUACAGUGAAUACCAAUAUAGUGGAUCUGAAUGAAUACUUGCAACAUAUCUUAAAAUCAACUAACAUGAAAUGCCUUACCCCAGAAAAGGCACUUUCUGGUUAUUGUGGCUUCAUGGCUGCCAACCUGUAUGCACGCUCCAUAUUUGGAGAAGACGCACUUGCAAAUGUCAGCAUUGAAAAGCCAAUUCAUCUGGGACCUGAUGCUCCAGUCACGGGACACAUAAGAAUUCGGGCAAAAAGUCAGGGAAUGGCGCUAAGUCUUGGUGACAAGAUCAAUCUCUCUCAGAAGAAAACUAAUUUAUAAGAUUCUUCUGAACAUUUACAACUAAAUGCUUGGAAUUUUGCUUGUUGGGGAUCAGAACAUUUUUCAUAUUCUGUGUUUUUUGGUUGUAGAAGCCGAACUUGUAAUGAAUAAAUUCCAGCAAAUAAUGUUUAGGUUUUAUCAUUCAAGAUCAUUGUUGAUAAAACUUCAAAUAUAUUUUUUCUCUGUCUGUAAAAGUCAAUUUGUCUAGUCUCUUACAUGUACUCUUUCCAAACUAAAAUAAAAUACAAUUCU